AUGGCGCUGGCUCGCAAGCCGGCGAAGCAGGAAAUACGUGUUUGGUUGGUUUGGUGUUUCGAGCAUUGCUUGAAGCACGAGCAAAGUGAUGUGCGCAAGCAAUUGAAGCAGUGUGCAGCCUCUGUUCCUGGAUGCAAGUUCGUGUGUCACAAGAAGUCCAUGGACUUCCUUCGUUGGUUGGAAGGCAGGGCGGGAAGCACGUUGCUCAUCGCGGACUGGCGAGAAGCAAAGCCAAUCAUCGAAGACUUCAGCAAGCAAAGCAAAAGACACAAUCUCCACCUCUAUGUCGUUGCGCGAACAGAGAAAAUUUUUCACCGCGCAUCUUGCUGGGCAGGCGAGCAGAGCACAGGAGGACAGAUUGUGGUAACGCUGGGCUUGUCGGUUGAGGCAACAGAGAAGUUCAUCGCACGGUACACAGAGAUGGACGAAGAGCUGCCUGUGCCAAUGCCUUUGCAGACCACAAGCAUGGAUACCCGCUGCUUGUUGUCUCUGCCUAGCCUUCUGAACGCAGUUCGCGACCCAGUUCAGGCUGACAGACUUGAGAAGCUUAUCCAAAACACGAUGUGGCAAACAUACGAAGACUGA